CAGUGGCUGCGGAUAGCCAUAGCUUGUGGCUACGUGUGGCCUGCCAUGCCUUUGAAUCAUGGACACCUUGGACGAGCCGUACGAGCCUUGCAAGAAGUUUGUGAACGUGAACCGAAGGGGCGGCUUCGGCUUACGAGGGCUUCUGUGUGCCGCAAGAGUCGAGAACGAUGCAAUGGACAAGAAACAAGUCGCCCGGGCUCAAAAGGUCUUGGAUAGUGACUCUGGAGGCAAAGGGCGGAAGGCAAGUUUGAUUUACGACGUCUACAAGAAAGACAGCUCAGGAAAGAGACCACCAAGGAGCAGCGCAGACAAGAAGGUCUCCCUUCGAGAGCCCGACCCGGAGCUCGACACGCUCUGGGCGCCCGAGCGUUGCGUGUGCCGCUGCGGCUGUCGCGCGGAGCUGGGGAACGGAGAAGGCAGUCGUUGCAAGGAUUGCCGACAGAAAGGCCCGAGGCCUGCGGACAGAUCUGCGAAGGGAGAGGGCCGAGUUCCAGAUGGAGCUUCUGUGCUGAUGGUCUAUGAAUGUCUAUGAAAUAUGAUCCUGACAUAUCCUGACCAUUGACCAUUGCCACAGGCAUCAACGUUUGAUGGAGGAAAACGAAGGACAUCCAGAUCUAAGGCCAAGCAGAAGUCCGAGUUGGCAAAGAGAGCGAUGUAAGAAACGAAGACGCAAGAAGCGUCGGAAGGUGUCAGACAGCACGAGUUCUUCAGAUAGCACGAGCUCAUCCUCAAGCAAUUGAUGAACAACUUGGCCAAAUGAAUUCCCCCGAAUGUCAUCGAAUGUCGACUUCAUCGGCCCCAAGGAAAAUUUGAGGAUGGCAUUGACGUAGUUUGCCCGCUGAAGCCAGCGGAUUCCGCCCAAAAAA